AUGGUGAUGAAUUUUUUGUCAGAUGGCGCCCACCAAUGGACUGUCCUCCAUGGCGGUUCAAGCAGUGACGUGUGUCUCUAUGAUUGCCUUGAGGUAGAUACUUCGGGCAACAUUUUCGUUGGUGGGUACACUUCCAGCACUGACCUCGACGGCCAAAGCAACGCCGGCGGCGACGACGUCAUGGUGAUGAAAUUCCAGGGCCCUACAACGACCACGACCCAGACGACUGUGACUUUGACCACCACCACCAGUCACUUGUCCUAUAGUUUGACCAACCAUGGCCACCCACCAUGA